GGAGCCAGACCCUGCGCGCCAGCAGCCGCGGCACAGCAGCAGCCCCAGGACGGCAGCAGCAGAGGCCUCCCCAGCUCCAGGCACUCACAGGGCACUGCUGCUGCACCAGGAACCACAGCAAUCCUCCGGCUGCCGCCACCGGGAACAGCCCAGCACGGCAGCGCUGCUCGGCAGCACACUACGGAGGGUGGAAAAGAAGAAAUGCAAACAAAAGCCACAAGCAACUUCAGCUACUCUAUCAAUGGCAGCAACUGCACCAGCGAUAACAGAAUCAGACAGGUCAUCUUCCCUCUGCUUUACACUCUUCUCUUCCUGGUGGGUCUCACUAUGAAUGGCCUGGCAAUGUGGGUCUUCUUCAAAAUAUCAAGUAAAUCCAAUUUCAUCAUCUUCCUCAAGAAUACUGUCAUUUCUGACAUCCUCAUGAUUCUGACAUUUCCAUUUAAAAUCCUCAGCGAUGCACAGUUGGUACCGUGGGUGCUGAGAGGAUUUGUGUGCCAGGUCAGCCAGGUCGUAUUUUACUUCACCAUGUACAUCAGCAUCUUGUUUCUCGGGCUGAUUACCAUCGAUCGCUAUCAGAAAGCCACCUCACCGUUCAGAACAUCAACCACAAGGAGCCUUCUAGGUGCCAAGAUCCUCUCCACGGCCAUUUGGAUACUGAUGUUUAUUCUUUCAUUACCCAACAUGAUUCUAACAAACAAGAAAAAAACUCCUACGAACGUAAAGAAGUGCGCUCUCUUGAAAUCUGAGUUUGGCUUAGUCUGGCACGAAGCCGUAAACUACAUCUGCCAACUUAUCUUCUGGGUUAAUCUAAUAGUCAUAGUUGUAUGCUACAUACUUAUAAGCAAAGAACUGUAUAAGUCCUAUCAGAGGACCAGAUGCACGGGAAGACCAUCCAGAAAGUCUGUAAAUCUGAAGGUUUUUAUCAUAAUUGCAGUGUUCUUUAUUUGUUUUGUGCCAUUCCACUUUACCAGAAUUCCCUACACUUUGAGCCAAACAAGAAAUGUUUUUGACUGUUCUGCAGUGAACACCUUGUUUUACUUAAAGGAGAGCACGCUGUGGCUGACAUCGCUAAAUGCUUGCCUAGAUCCAUUCAUUUACUUCUUCCUUUGCAAGUCGUUUCGAAAGUCCUUGCUAGGCAUGCUGUGCAAGCACACCGCGUCGCCAGAACUCCAAGCACAGAUAGCAGUGCAGAAUGAAAGAGACGACACUGAGGAUACCCCAGUUUAGCACAAAGAACCACCCACACCCCUGCCUGGCCACAUACGUCCCACUGGGGGCCGGGGGAGCAGAAGAAUCCUGCUAAAGCCGAUUGCAAUUUCACCUGCACCUUCACAAAUUGCCCUACACAUGAAACAGAUCCAUGGAACCAACAUCACUGGUCGCAGAAAGGACAGCAGUUAGAAUAACUGCAUACAACAAGAGCACCAUCUGCCCACAGACCCCGUGUUUGACAGAGGUUCUAGGAAAAAGUUUGAAUUUAUAGUUGGAGCUGUAAGAAAAAAUUAAACCAGAGUCACAGAACACUACAGAACAGAAGAUGAGCUGCAGAGAUUUUGCAGAAACAGCUUAAUUUGGGCCAGAGGAAUGGGUUCCAUGACAACGAAGGAAUGGAUGUAAAUAAACCCCACAACCAAGGCAGCUUUUCAGUACGGGAAGUUGCUGCUUAGCAUGCAAUCAUCAGACAAACAGAAACGCAGCACAUCUGUAGGUAAGCUAUUUGCCUGUGCACGUUUUUGGUAACAGCAUAAUGUUUUGCUUAUCUCAGUUUAUGCUUGCAAUUCUUAAUCCACUGAGCAAAAACCAGUAGUUGUACAGUGGAGGAAAUUACUCCACAGUCAGGCUUAUCUUAAUGCGACUGCAAUCUUCAAAUACUUCACCUUAGUAGAUAAAAAAUAACUUCUGUAGGGAAAGAUACGUUACAGUUAAACGUGCACAAACGCUUGAUUUACAGAACAUUCAGAUCUUAGGGAAGGAAAGACUCAUGGUAAAAUCUUUACUAAUCAUUAAGGACUGCUUUAUUGCGCUAAACAAUAAUUAUACCCACUUCUCUUCAUUUGGAAAAGCGAGAACCAGCAGGCUGGAAUUUUCAGGAGCAAUCAUCAUACAAAACAUAAGCUGACGUGAUGGAUUAGGGCUCAUUUAUCAUCACCGCAAAACAGUUCCCAUUCAGAAACACGUGCCGCCACCACGCUAGCAUGCAGGCCGGCCACCCAAUGUCCUGUCUACCCUUCUCUGACAGUUUCUGCUCCUUGGCGGCGCACAGGGAGUUUUCAGGACUGAUAUCCAACUUCCUAAAACAUUAAAACACAGUUCACGUGUGUCAGCACUCAGCCUUGGAGCCGAUGCAUCUCCUAUAAGCCGUCAGCACACAUCAAGGACUUCACAAAGCCUCUGUGCACAGGUUACGCUGUUGUACAUUCCACCAUCAAAACCAGGGUGCCGUCAUUUCCCUGGGACCAGUGUGCAGUCACUUCACUGCCUGCUUUCAGCACCCGCCUGGGGCCCAGGAGGGAUGUGCAAGAUUCCCAACACAUUGCCCACAUUUCCUGAACCUACACAUGGAGAGAAAGUGGCAAUUAUCUGGCAGAUGCCUCUCCUGAUCAGCUGGAGUGUUCAAACAACAGGUACUGCAGCUCUCUGCGUACCACACAAACGUCACUGGUGCUGUACACAGGCACACAGUACCUGUCUCUUCAGCUGGGAGCAGCAUCAAGAUAGAGGAGAAAAUAUGGAUGAUGCUGCCUUGGAAAUCAGUACGAGAGCAUUGCAAUGAACCGCCUCAGCUUUAUGUAGUCCUGGUGCAUGACCAGAGUCAGGGCAGGCAGCUGAGGGCACAUCAGGAUGAUGACAGUUGAAAGGCCACCUUCACCUCAGCCAUCCUGGAGGCUCUGCCCUCUCUGCCCAACAUUACUGUCAACAUCUGCACGUGCAUCUAUAGCACUGUGUAGCCACUCCACACAAACAGAACGCAUGCCUGUCUUCAUAGACUUGGUCACUUUUUCUUUGUCAGUAGAGAAUGUAGUUCUUCCUGACAGAGACCAAAAGGAAGACAGAAAGACAACAAAAAACAUGAUUAAGUAACUCAAGAGAUACGUGAAAAUGAGGAAGGAAACGAGACGCCACCACCAGCAGAAAAAGUCUCUUCUUUCUCCACGUUUCCUCGUUCUUAUAACUUUGCUCCAGACUCCUGUGCGCAGAGGAACAGCAGAUGGACUGGAGAUAACCAGAGACCCUCCGUGAAACAGCUGCUGCCAGCUGUGCUCAGCAGGGUUCCCUACACCCUGAGUCAAACGACAACCCGGAUGGACUGCCGCCUGCAGAACCAGCUUUUUGUCGCCAAGGAGAGCACUCUUUGGCUGGCUGCCACGAACACCUGCAUGGAUCCUUUGAUAUACAUUUUCUUGUGCAAACCAUUCCUAGAGAAGAUACUAUGCGGGAAAGUAAGCACGCUUCAGAGAACAGCUCACGUGAACCCGAGAACCGAACUGGACACAGGAACCUUGGCCAUCGAAUCUUGAUUCUGCAGCUUCAUGCUCUGGAGUCUUUGCAAACCCAUAGAGAAAUUAAGAAAUUUGUUUGACUGCUGCUGUGAAAGCUGAAGGAUGGUGGUGCUGUAAUACUUAAUAAAAAGGGCAGGCUGGA